GUGCGCAGCAGCCUUUGCGCAGACGCACAACAACUGCCCUGAUCAGCUGACUGUGAGUGAGAUGCUGUGUUGAAGCACCUUUGAGUCGAAAAGCUGUUAUUAUCUGCGGUAUGUAUGGGAAGCUGCUACUGUUUACCUGAAUUACACCGUGUGGACCAAACACUAAAGCCAUUAAUCACACCGUGACUUCACAUCAAAGGCCCGGUGGACAAACCUCUUACCAGCAGCUAUGACAGAAUUCUGGUUGAUCUCCGCUCCAGGGGAGAAGACGUGCCAGCAGACCUGGGACAAGUUGAUGGUGGCCACUACACGCACCAACAACCUCUCUGUUAACAACAAGUUCAACAUCCCUGAUCUCAAGGUGGGAACACUAGAUGUCUUAGUGGGUCUGUCAGAUGAACUGGCUAAACUAGACACUUUUGUGGAAAGUGUGGUGAAGAAGGUCGCUCAGUACAUGGCCGAUGUCUUGGAGGACAGCCGAGACAAAGUGCAGGAGAACCUGCUUGCUAAUGGAGUUGACCUGGUCACCUAUAUCACCAGAUUUCAGUGGGACAUGGCGAAGUAUCCAAUCAAACAGUCUCUGAAAAACAUCUCUGAGAUCAUCGCCAAGCAAGCGUCUCAGAUAGACAACGACCUGAAGGCUAGAGCUUCAGCCUACAACAACCUGAAGGGAAACCUGCAAAACCUGGAGAGAAAGAAUGCGGGGAGCUUGUUGACCAGGAGUUUGGCUGACAUAGCGAAGAAAGAGGACUUUGUACUGGACUCGGAGUACCUGAUUACCAUGCUGGUGGUUGUCCCAAAGACAGGCUACACUGACUGGCAGAAGACGUAUGAAACCCUGUCAGAAAUGGUUGUGCCACGCUCCACAAAGCUGCUGUUUGAAGAUCACGACAGCGGUCUGUUCAGUGUCACUCUCUUCAGGAAGGCUAUAGAUGACUUCAAGCACAAGGCCAGGGAAAACAAGUUUACGGUGCGGGAUUUCCAGUACAAUGAGGAGGAGAUGAAGGCUGACAAAGAAGAGAUGACACGUUUGUCCACUGACAAGAAAAAACAGUUUGGGCCUUUGGUACGAUGGCUGAAAGUGAAUUUCAGCGAAGCCUUCAUCGCGUGGAUUCACAUAAAAGCCCUGCGUGUGUUUGUGGAGUCAGUAUUAAGAUAUGGGCUGCCGGUGAACUUCCAGGCCAUGCUGCUGCAGCCAACCAAGAAGAACAUGAAGAAGCUGAGAGAGGUGCUCAACGACUUGUACAAACACCUGGACAGCAGCGCUGCCAUCAUUGAUGCUGCUAUGGACAUUCCAGGGCUGAACUUGAGCCAGCAGGAGUACUACCCCUAUGUUUACUACAAGAUCGACUGCAACCUGCUUGACUUCAAAGUCUAGAAUCAUUUGCAUCAUCAUCUCAUUCUCUGUGCAGUAGAAUUAUGAUGUGGCAUGUUCACAUGCCCAAACUUUAAUUUAUUUCCACCCUGCUUUUCCUGUUUUUUGUUUUCGCCUCUUGUCUUCCCAUCCUGUGUUCCUCUCUCCUGCUGCUGUUACAUUCCUGGGGCCAUAUUGAAUAAGUUGCUGAACUUCUGUUCUAAUGUACUUGACAAAUAUGGGCCAUCUUCUUUUUUUUGUUUUUUGUCAUUUCCCUUUGUGCCACGCUGUAGAAGUGAAGUGCUCCCCAGUAAACCCACCAAAAUGGUUGACAUUCCCCUUCAAAGGACAUAUAAAAUGUUGCAUUUUAAUUUUCUCCCUGUCUCCCAUCUUCAUUCGAAGCAACAAAAACUGUACACGUGGGGAACAAUUGGAAGAAAAAAUAAAUGUAUGUUAAAUAUAGUAUUUAUUUAAAGCCUCUCAAAUCAGUCGAUAUGUUUUUGUUUGUUCAGUUUUUUGAAAGUGAAGUGUUUUUAGCUCCAUGUAAGGACUGUCUGUUACAAGUAGAUGUUUCCCCCCUUAAAGCUGUAAACCUGUGAAAUACUGAGACGGAUCAUUCUACAGUAAAAUGAAGCAAUACGUUUGCUGACAGUAUGCUUCUAUACUUUCUGUAUAUUAUGCAGUUUGAGAAAAAUAAUAAGAGGUCUAUGUGCAUAUACUGUAUUGUCAGUAUAACUGAAAAUCACACCACAUAUUUAAAAUAAAUGUGAAAAAUAAAUAGUCUAUGUGAAAUAUAUUUGA